GGCCAGGGAGUUGUCAAGCCCAGAGAGAGAGAGAGAGAGAUAUCUAGUUACUAUUCGGAAUUUGUAGGAAAGAUUAGAUAGUCAAUCGCCGGUGAAUUAGCAGCUAUUAACGGUGGGGGGCAUGGCUAGCUACGGAGUUAUGAAGUUGAGCUUGACAGUGGCGGUAUUGAGCAUGAUAAUCAGUAGUGGUCCUUAUGUACAUGUGGAUGCAGCUAUAUCAUGUGGUCAGUUAGCCAGCCUUCUAUCCCCCUGCGUCAACUACUUCGUCAAGGGUGGACCUUUGCCCCCGGCAUGUUGCAGCGGUGUAAGAACUUUAAACUCCGCUGCUAAGACAACGGCGGACCGUCAGGCCACAUGUCAAUGCUUGAAAUCUGCGGCAGCUAGUAUCCCUGGUCUCAAUCUCGGUCUUGCUAACUCCAUCCCCGGCAAAUGUGGAGUAAACUUCCCUUACAAGAUCAGUCCCUCUACUGAUUGCUCCAGGGUGAGAUGAACUUAAUUAGAUGGACGCAAAAUCAGGAGUAGUCCGGACUGAAUAAAUAAAUGACAAGCAGAAAGACCGAGAUUGUCAUAAAUAAAUGACAAGCAGGAGCUAGUUUUUUUUUUUUUUUUUAAUGUGUUGCCUUGUUUCUUUUUGUAUGGAAUAAUCUUUGUUUUGUGUGAACAAUUCUGUUAAGCUUUUCUUAAGCGGGGGCCAUGGUAUUAUUUUUAUAUGAAAUAAUUGGAUGGGUAUCCUUAUUCCAUUCUUAA